AUGACUGACGACCCCAUUCUAGAUGCAAUAAAGGAGGGCCGUUUCCCAUCCGCCAAGCGUGAUUUGGCCUCCAAGCUAAAAAGAUUCCCCAACAAGAGCUAUUAUUGGGCGUUGAACUGCUACUACUUGUAUGCUACUGGACAGGCGGACCAAGCUGAAAAAGAGUGCAAAACUCUAAAGCAGAAAGUUCCCAGCGAUACAGAAUCCCUUGAAAUUUUAUCCGAGGUGUUCACGAAGCUUGGAAAUCUGCGUGACGCCCUCGAGGUGUGGGAAAAUGCCGUCAAGAAGUACCCAUCCACUGACCUUAUAUUGACGUGGUUUGACAGGGCUGUUCGGGCGUUUGAUACUCGUAACAUGCAAAAGGCAUCGUUAAUCUUGCACAAACAUGCAAAAUCAAAGCGCCAGUAUGGUAUUUGGGCUGCUUUGUGCUACUACUUGGCAGGUAUUGACACUGAAGUCGACGAUGAGCGUUCUGCUCAACUUCUGCUGGCGUUGGACUUAUUGGAAAAGUCAUCGCCACUCCAUAGCAACCAGGAAAUCUUUGUCAAAGUGUCUGUACUCGCCGAACAGAAAGAGUAUGCAGCGAUCCGCAAUGUUGUGCUGCCUUUGAAGUAUCGUGAAUUGGAGCUCACCAUCAUCUACUUGGACGCUCUCGAAAAGCUUGAAGAUUGGAACCAAUUGAGCAUCGAAUGCAAAAAACUCUUGUUCGAAGAGAAAUUUAACGAUUUCGACACAUGGAAGUACUUCAUCAAGGCAUCUAAGUAUUUGGGUGUUUCCAUCUCAGACUUGAAAGCUCUCAAUGUAAUUGGCACCAGAAACUCCUAUGUCGCAAACAUGGAGAUCGACAAGGUGUACGAGACAAGCUUGCAAGAGUCUGUGAAUGCAUACUUCGACAAAUUUGCUUCCAAGCCUUGCUGUCCUGUUGACCUCUCCAACUAUGAGUUAACUAGCGACUUUUACCACAAGAUUGCAGACAAUGCCAGUGAAUUGUUGAAGUCUGAUACACUUACUGCCAGCGAUGCCACUACCUUGAUCAAUAUUGAGAAGUUGCAGAUGAUUAAAGACUCAAAGUAUCAAGUACAAUGGUCAAAGUACGAAAAGUACACAAGUCCCGAUCUUAGCGACUUGUAUUUGAUGUUCGCCAUUCAGGACUUGAAAAAGAACUGGUCCCCAGAGCAUAUUGUCCAGCACAUCAUACAUCUUGAGCAUUAUUCUCAGGAAGAUCCAGAAAACUUUAGAGUCAAGCUUUGGUUAAUGAACCUCUACGGAGCCAUCAACACAGCCAGCUUGGUUUCAAAGGUAUACAAAAAUUUGAAAAUCAAAAUGAUUCAGAACGACUUGUAUCUGUACAAGCUCCAAGGCGAGCCUGAUUUGCGAAACCUUAAUGACUUGGUACAGAUAUACAGAUUCUACUUAACCAGUGAUGGAGAAGUGGAUGCUACUAUCUCGAAAGUUUUUGAGAAAGAACUCUAUUCGAAGCUGGAAGACCUUCUCAAAUUUGGAAAGAGAUUAUCUAUUUCCUUGUCAAGACAUUUGGCUAUCAUCAAGACCUUAUCUAUGGCCAGAUCUCUAAGGAAUGACUACUACAACUACUUCUAUCGUAUUUUGAAGGAGAGUAAAGAGGAGAUUUUGAGCGACACUUUCAGUGUGCGUGACAACAGGGAUUUCACCACUGAGUAUAAGUUUGGUAUCGAACUUCCCCAACUUCCAAUUCACGAUUCUGAGAAGAUAAAGGGCAAAGAAUACGUUCAGUUACACUACUUGAAAGAACUACUCAUUACAGAGAAAAAUGACGUUGAGAUUGGCAAAUUAUUGAAGCUUUUCAACAAAUGGACAAACAAUCCAGCAUACACAAGCCAAUUGAAUGAAUUUGAGAAGCACAUGUUUAAGUUGUACAUGGCAUUGUUCAAAGUUGUCAAGCAGAAAGGACUUAAGGACCGUGCUCUGCAGGUGACGUUUCUUACUAAGAACAUAGACUUCAAGAAGAUCCACCAGGCAUUCAUCAGCAAGCUCGAGCCAUUAUCAGGCCAAACAAAUCAUGUGCUUGCAGGUGCACAUGAAUUUGCUGCAUUGAUCAAGUUGAUGCUGAACGAAACACCAUUGGUGGCUGCAGCACAGAAGUUCGAGAAAGAUAUGGCAGACUUCAAGUUGAAAACGCAACAAGUGGAGUAUUUGGCAAGUUUGAAGGGGAAGUUGGACUUCAAGGGCCUCAGCUCUUCAUUCGUGGAUGAACAAUUUGAAAUUCUCGAAGAAGGCUUGAAAAAUUCCAUAUAUAGACCGUAA